GGCAGGCGUGGGUGGUGCAGGUGGGUCCCGCACGCUGCGCGCAAAGUGCGAGCGGGCCAGGCGUCUAAGGACCGGCCGCCGUCCUCGCUCGCCGACGUCGGUCGCUGCAAGAUGCUGAAGAGCUGCGGCCGGCGGCUGGUCCUGUCCCUGGUCGGGGCCCUGCUGGCCUGCCUGCUGGUGCUGAUGGCCGACCAGCAGAAGCUGCAGCAGCUGCAGGCGCCGCCGGCUCCGUCCCCGGAGGCGGCCGGCGGCGAGGGAGGCCGGCGAGCCCUCCGCAGCCUGGCCAGCGCCGGCGAGGGCCCGGCCCGCCGGCCGCAGGACCAGUCGGGUCCUCCGCCGGCCCGCCAGGUCCGCAGUUUCUCCGACUACUUCAGCAAACUGAGCCGGGUGAGGAGGGACGUGGGGCCGCCGGCCGGGGUCGCCCGGCCCGGGGAGAGCGCGCCCAGGCCCCAGCUGGAGGAGAUCUUCCCCCGCGACGUCUUCAUCGCCGUCAAGACCACCAAGAAGUUCCACAGAUCCCGGCUGGAGCUGCUCCUGGAUACCUGGAUCUCCCGGAACAAAGACGUGACUUUCAUCUUCACAGACGGAGAAGACGAGGAGCUGAAGAAACACACGGGCAACGUGAUCAACACAAAUUGCUCUGCAGCCCACAGCCGCCAAGCUUUGUCUUGCAAGAUGGCUGUGGAGUAUGACAAGUUCAUCGAGUCUGGGAGAAAGUGGUUCUGCCAUGUAGAUGAUGAUAACUACGUGAAUGUCCGGAUGCUAGUGAAACUGCUGUCCAGCUACCCCCACACACAGGACAUUUACAUUGGCAAGCCCAGCCUUGAUCGACCCAUCCAGGCCACGGAGAGGAUCAGCGAGAAUAAGAUGCAACCUGUCCAUUUCUGGUUCGCCACCGGUGGAGCCGGAUUUUGUAUCAGCCGUGGGUUGGCUCUGAAGAUGAGUCCUUGGGCCAGCGGUGGCCACUUCAUGAGCACUGCAGAGAAGAUCCGACUGCCGGACGACUGCACCAUUGGCUACAUCAUUGAGUCCGUACUGGGAGUGAAGCUCAUCCGAAGUAACCUCUUUCACUCCCACCUGGAAAACCUCCAGCAGGUGCCCAAGUCUGAGCUCCAUAAACAGGUGACGUUGAGCUACGGCAUGUUCGAAAACAAGCGGAAUUCCAUCCACAUGAAAGGCGCGUUCUCUGUGGAGGCAGAUCCGUCCAGGUUCCGCUCCAUCCACUGUCUGCUGUACCCGGACACGCCGUGGUGCCCCGCCAACGUCGUGUACUAGGAGACGCCCAGUCCUUCCUUACCCUCGUCCCGAGCGCCCCUGGUAUCCAUAGGGCUCGUGGGACCCGCGUUGUGUCCUUGUCCUUGCUGUGAAGCGACGGAGUGUUUAUUGCUGUGCCCGUGCACAGUGUGUGUGUGUAUACGUGUUAAUAGGCUGCUGUGCGGCCUGAGCUCCCCCGGCCAGGCGGGGUCGGGGGCCCGGAGGACCAAGUCCUGCUGCCCUCCUCCUGUGCUGGAGGCAGAGGAGAUGUCACGCACCGGCCCGAUCGGUGCCGACUUGGGCGGAGCCGUGGCUGGCUCCGGAGGACUUGUUCUGGGCGAGCCACCGUUGGUGGUUCGCCCAAUGAUCACGGAGUCUUACUCUCUGUCUUGCCUCAGCUGCUUUCUGUCCAGGUUUGCUUUUCUCACCUGCUUUAUGUGUCCCCGGGUUGCCCGUGCUUCUUCCCUUCCUCCUCCUCCUCCACGUCCACUGGCCUAUAUCUUCCAUUCCUUCCUCUCCUGGGCUCACUCGCUUCCAGGCUCCGGAUUCUGUGUCAGAUGAAGGUUUAUAUUUGUAAGAGGUUUUGCGUGGGGAGCGGGAGGGAGUGGGGUGAUGCUUUAGUUUUCAUUUCUGAACUUUCUUCUCAGCUGCGUGUGUUUGUGCACACACCUGCAUAUGCAGAAGUGCUAGGAGCUGAAAGACACAAGGGACCACCAAGCCUGAAGAGGGCAGCUUCUGUCGGUCUCACGCUUGGCCUAGGAAGCAGAUGCUAGAUGUGGAAGGAGGGGUGGGGGAAUAGGGUAACAAUUAUUGUGUGUGGAACUGGAAAUUCCAGCUUCCAGCAUCGAAAGGAGACAGAGCAGAGGGGUGGGAGGUAAGUUUGAGGAGGCCUAGGGUCCUUGUCUGCUCCAGCCAAAGGAGCUUUUUAUCGACUGAACUAUUUCCAGUCUCAGAUAAAAGCUAUGCAGUAUUUAUAGACAAUUAAUUGGCAACAGUUAAUUGGCAAAAAAGAUAUAUAGGUUUUUUUUGUUUUUGCUUUUGUCUUUUUCUAAGGGAAGUGGAGGUGGGGAGAAAAAUUGACACACGGUGAGCUGUGUGUGCUCCUGCCUCUAGAGGUUAACGUCUCCCUUCAAGGCAAAAAUCAGUGCCCAGCUAUCAUAGCCUCUGGAGGGAUUUUUCAGCGAGAGGGUGUUGCGGAGUCUGUCAACACUCAGCAGCCUAAGGCCUAAGAAUCUGAGCAAAGCAGCAGGCUUGUGCCCCCUCCUCAAAUGGAGUGGGCUGGGUCUCUGCUCCUGCGGUAGAAGGCUGAGGGAGGGAGCCUUCUCAUCUCCACUGCCUCCUUCCCCACAAUCUCUGUGGGCACUGGUCCAGAAAAGGAGUCCUGACCCUCCACUCUGGCUUAGAGCAGCUGUUGGACAAACAUCUAGUUCCUUCCCUGGACGGGGAGGAGAGAAAAGCCAAGCUGGGCCUGGGGAGAGAAAGAGGGGCACGCCCUGCUGCUGUCUAACCUGGUACAGAGACCCUCCUGAUCAUGGGGGCGGAUUUAGAGCUGAAUGUUUCCCAUCAGAGGUUGAGUGAAAUUGGCCCAUACUGGGUGUGCGUGUGUAAAUAUUGUACUGUGACAGUAUUUUUACUGUGUCUUUUUAAAUGGUAGGUUUUUUUUGUUUUGUUUUUGUUUUUAAUUUUAUCUUUUCUGUGGAUCGGAAAAAAAAAACACCACUUUGGAUAAUCUUGUCUUUAAAAUGAAAUUGAAAUGUCUAACUCGCAACUUAAUUUAUAUGUUUCCAGUAUCUGGAAUUUCAUUCUGUCCCCUUCCUACUUAGUAAUUGUUUCGACAAAGAUGUAGAUUUUGGAAAAUAAAUAACAAGGGAAAUAAAAGUUCUCAGGGAAUUAAACCUGAUUGUUACCAUGGUGGGCCCUGUGGUAUCCAUCGUUCUUGGCUUUCAAUAAAGCAGCUUAUUUGCUGGUAA